UGGCUUCCCGAGCGAUCGUACAUCAUCUUGCGUGUACCCCAAGCGCCCCUGGAUAUUGGUACCGCGCGGAUGGUUGCUUCACCCAGGUCUCUGGAUCAUCCGCCGCGUGGACCAAAGUGUCGGGACGUGAUUCGACUACAGUAGGCGAGCACACAACGCUAUAAGCAAUGAUCGCAAUUUUACACGUGGGUUUUAGUUCAAUAAUUCCAGAUUCAUAGAAUAGAUGGGUACGCUUAGAUUUGGUCGCCGACGUCUGCAAAUAAACUUCGACUGAUCUACAGGUAUAUUCUGAGAAUAAGAUACAACAAGAACUAGGCACGUUCCAUUGUACACUACGCAAAAACUAGGACGAAGCACAGGUAGUCCCAGAAGAGAUAAGAAGCACGCAUGUGCCGGCCGCCCAAGUACCAAACAAGACUCGACGUAAACAAUAUGACAUAGUUCUACUCCAUUCUUCCCAUUCUGUCUAAUAGUAUCCGAAGAUUCCGAAGAUUCCUUCCAAGAAACCGCAUAGUCAUAUCAUGUGUACCGAAACAGCCUAUACGCUCCGGUGCGAGCACGUCGUUACCCGAACCCUCUACUGCUCGGAUGCUCCCCCUCCAUCUCGACAGUCACGCAAGGAACGGAGGACCUGUAACAGGGUCAUUCGAAAUGCCGUGCCUUGGCCACCCCCACCACAGUUUGGGACACAGGCCACAUGCCCCUUGACGAACUGCCCCUUCGAGGAACGAGGAGGUUAUUGGAACUGUUGCUGGUGUGGUAAGGAGUGGAAUGACCAAGGUCGUUGUAGUUGUGUGAUGAUUAUUGACAGACAGGAGUAUCGCUGUGGGCAUAUUUGCUGUGAAACAUGCGAAGCGGCUACUGAGGCUUAGCAGGGAGGAGGGCUACAGCAAUAAAAGUCCUGUGUAUUAGCGAAUCUUGGAAGGAAAAGUUCACUGUUUGGGAAUCAGGCCUCGAUAUUCAGCUCUACGAAUAGGAGGAGGCCAUCUUUGCAUAAAGAGAUGACUUCAAUUCGUGGAUUAGUUUCGGGUAUAUCCUCAUUGAAGCUGUGUAAGAUACGAUGAUUAAAUGUGGCGGACCUGAAUGAAAGAUUAAUAUUUCGUUACG